CUCCAAAGUGUCCCUUUGCAAUUCAACGACGACAGACAAUCACCACCACCCCAACCCGCGCGCUCAUUUUGGCAUGUCUCCCCGUUCCAAUCAAUCCUCCCAAUUCCAAUCAACUAACAGUUCCCUCUCUAAUUCCAGAUUUCCAUUUUCUACCCUCCUUUAUCUUACGAGUUUCCACCAACCAUCAAGCAACAACUUUCCUUUCAAAACGAAAACAAUGACGCGCGCCCAGCAGACCAUCUCCCUCGCCUUGUUGGUGACUUCGCUCUACCUCUCCCUCUACUUGGGCUUGAUCCCCUUACCAGCUGUUGUUCAGGACGAGAUUAUCCCUGUGCUCCCCUUCUGGUCCCUCGUCACGUUUGGCGCCUGGCUGCUCUUCCGGCUGGGAUGGGGCAUGCUCACCUUCAAGGACACGCCCGAGGCGUACGACGAGUUGAUGGAGGAGAUUAAGCUGGCCAAGGCGGAUUUGAGGGUUAGGGGGGUGGAUGUUGAUUAAAAUGUGGCGACUACAGAUAAAAGGAUACGGGUGUUUGAGGGGGGAGGGGGGGGGGCGCGGAUGGAAAGA